ACGAUUCACAUUUCUCGGUAUACAGAGUUUAAUCGAAAAUUUUAAAAUUUAAUCUUGCAGUGUCUGACUUUUGUAUCUUAUAUUUUAUUUUUAUACAUAAUUUUUUGUUUGUUUUUGUAAUUUGGAAGAAUAUGUCUGCUCAUAUUGGAUUCGAAGUGAAGAAUGAAAAAAAUCACACAAAUCAAGUGAAACCAUAUAAUAACGCGCCAAAUGAUGUACGAUUCGAAAUAACUGACAAUUUUAAACAUGAUCGAGUGCGUUUCAAAAAUACCCCUCCUACCAUUAUUGUGCCUACACAUAAUUCGCAUAAAAAUGUGCCAAAAAAUUUAGCAACACAGUUGAAAGAGAGCGGUAACAAAAGUGAAUCUAAACACAUUUCAAACAUUUUAACCGUUAAUGAUACAAAAAAUGAUUUCGUCAUACAAAUCAAAAAUGACACAAAGCAUAAACGAAAAAGUGACGCAAAACUCACACCUAGCACACAUUCGACACUUUCGAAAGCCGAAUCAAAAACCUCCUUAAAAAGUGAUCACAAAAUUUUGAUAAAAUCAGAUUCAAAAUCGACUAUACGUAGUGGUGAAUCUAAAAACGACUUGAAAUCACUCUCGGGUACCUUACCGAGGCGGGAGUCCAAUGACACAGUGAAAGGUAAUAGUUUGAAUAGAACGCUGCAGAAGGUGGAUUCUAGAGCGACGCUGAAAAGUGAAACGAUCUCAACGACAAGCGUUCCAAGCAGCACGCAUGGCAAAAAGAGUCUGGAGUCGAUGACGGAUGAGGAGAUCGUCGAGGAAAAUCUAAAAGAAUUGCUCGAAAACAAAAAUCGUGAGGAGCGCAAAGCCAAUGGACGCCUGAUAGCGCUGAUUGUUGCGUUUUUGGUCAUUUUCAUUGCUCUCUACAAUUCGUGGCUGAAGGAUGCACGUGGCCUGGCUGGCAUCCUAGUCCCGGCGUUAAUUAUGAUAUCUUAUGCUGGAUGGGUGGUGUUGUUGGCGAAGCGCGACAAACAACGUCAAGUAUUGUUUGAAAAGCAUUUAGAAGAAGUUAUGGAACGCAACAAAAUUGAAUUGGCGAGAAAGGCAAAACUCAUAAAGAAAAAGAAGCAAAUCGAAGAGGCAAAGCGCAAAGAGAAUGAGAAAGCCGCUAAGCAACAACGGCUGGGGCAUCGGCCCAGUUUCCGAGAGAAACUCUUCGGUGUGCGUACGCCGGCAUUACAGCCUUCAACUAACUUACUGACAAUUGCCGUCACUGCAGCGGCGCCAUCACAAAUUGUUGUAGAAUCAAGUAAGAAGCACUUGCAGCGUAUGGAUGCUUUAGUGCUGCCACAUCCGCCUGUGCGUACGAGUUCCAUACCGUAGUGGUAGAAAUAUGAAUAUGGAGAAAUAUUCAUAAACAGGAAAGCUGCUAAAAGUGUUGUGUUGUGGCAGGAAGUGAGCGUAGUUGUUAAAAAACUAUACAAAAAUAUGAUUAAACGAAGUUUUUCACAUUAAUAAAUUUUACACAAAUUUUUUAAAACCUUUUUGGUAUAUCAAAAAUUGUAUGUUUAUAUUUCUUGUACCUAUAUCAUAAAUUUUUCAUUAUUUUGCGUGCUUACUUUCAUAAACACAAUCAAUGAUAGAUAAAUUCAUUAAAAAUGUGCUAAAUAUACAAAUCCAAAAAUACUCGCCUUUGAACACAAAUUUUAUUUACUUAAAAUUUUGCUACCAAUUAACGAAAAAAUUCCGUCCACUUUAUAUGUUUUUCUUUGUAGUCAUUCUACUGUGCGGAUUGGUGUUUCCUUAAGCAUUUUUUUUUCGAGGUGCUAUAUGCUCUUGUAUCUCAUGCAGUUAUUUUAGACACAAAUACAUUUACUUCUUAAGCUCUAAACAUGCAGGCAUACAUACAAAGAUAUGUACGUUUGUAGUUAAGUAAAUAUAAUUUCAAUUGCUGAAACUACGAUAUAUUACGUUUAUACUUAAUUUCUACUCCUCUAAGA